CUCCGAGAAGAGACUAUAAAAACCUGAAAGUCAACACCAGGAACAAGCAAAGAGAGGGAAAACUUGAACUUACAAAUUUCAGGCACUUUUCAACAACGACUACAGAAAGAUGCUGGGUUGCAGGUGGGUCCUUGUGCACUGUCUGCUAGCAGUUACACUUCUUCACUGGAUCUCAGGCAGGUCACAGCUGGCGGAGGGGGCACCGGAGUUUCUAGAUUCCUCGAUGGUCCAGGACGUGGGCUCCAGCUCCGUGUCUGGUGAGGAGAAGGUAGCGAGUGACCUGACCGCCAAGCUGCUUCUCCUGAACAAGCUUGUGAGCCUGGAGAACGAUGUCAUGGAGACCAAGCGGAAGAGGAGCUUCCCUGGCUUCGGCACACCGCUGGACAGGCUGUCCCUGAGCACCAUGGAAAUGAAGGGCAAACAAAGGAAAGAAGUCGACCUUCCCAAAAGACGCUUUGGUGUGCCAAUCGACCGGCUCGGAAUGAACCGCAUGGCCAACAGCAGGGGCUAACACUGAGAGGUGGGAUGUCGCUGAAACAAAGCUGCAUGGACGGACCGUCUCGUGUUUUUCUUCAAUUAUCUACUGACUUGUCUAUGUGUAUCACCCCUAACCCUCCAGACGUGACGUAGCAUGCACCCGGGUCCUUUCCAUGCUGCUCUGAUCACCUUAGCUUAGACAGUAACCAGCUUAGCACUAGGAGGGCCAACCACGGAUGCCCACUUCUGGAGCUAAAUCUGCAUGCUGUACAUAUGAUUAUCACACUGCACUGUGUUAUCCAGCCUAUCUCCACACUUGCAUGAACACGUACGAAAAACCCCCUUUGAUAUUUUGGAAUUCUGGCUCUGGCAAAAAACAUAGUAUCAGCUAAAAUAAAAAAAAUGAUACCCACGUCAUCACAUGGAAUAUGACAUAGACCAGCUGGAAACCCUAUCGGCUGCAACACAAUACGCUGCACAAUACGAGGAAGGGCUCGCUCUAAGCAAAGGUAAUGUCACGGGUUUGCAAGUGUAAUGCACGCGGAUGGGACUGACCCCUGCUCUGCGGGCUUUUCCUGCACAGCGUGCUUGACCACUGGACUCUUACAGAACUAGGCCAAGCCUUAAUGGGUUAUUGUUUUAUUUUUUUUUAUUUAAAAACUAAAAGCAAGCUUAACUGUUCCGAAUGAACAGACUAAAAGUCGCCAUGAUAUGACGCAAAAAAUCCAAUCUUUUGAUUGAAUAGCACCAUUGAAUCCAGUACGAUCAUCCUUUCCUUGACUUUGCUGCACAGUGCCCAGCAUGUGAAUGUAAAACACAGUUAAAUAUUAAGUACUGAGCCCAGCACCUUUUACCAGCUCUUUUAAAAGCCAGGUCUUGAAAAACAAUGCCAUAUUGAUCGUGGCUUUUGUACCAAAAGAAGGCAUGUGUUUUCUUUAAUAACUGUAUUAAAUGUACAGAGGGUCAUUUCAUUGGGGGAUGGAAAACACCAUGAAAUACAGAAUUAUCCAUCAGCAUAAAUAAAGUGCGUAG